AUGCGCAUCAGUAAGCUCCUGGCCACGGCGGGAGUCUUCGUGGCGCCUGUCUUAGCCAAAGUAUUAGCUACGAAACUCAGCAGUAACCACUUGUUCCGAAAAGACAACCGGGCAAGUGUCAUCAACGUACCAUUGACGGACCACACGAAGAAUAAUGGAAAGACCGACUUGCAGUGGUAUACCAAGAUCUCUGUCGGCACGCCUCGUCAAGAAUUCAAUGUCUUGAUCGAUACCGGCUCCACAAGGCUGCUUCUGCCCGCGGGCAACUGCACCACCUGCGGCCAGCAAACUCUGUUCGACUUUUCCAAGUCCGCCACAUUUUCAUGGUCGGAGGACUCAUUCGAAGAGAUCGGAUUCGGGACAAGCGGAGACACCAUUCCGGUCUCGGGUCCCGUGCUGGCCAGCUGCGCCAAUGCGAGUGACUCUGUAAGCAUACAGGGUCUGACGACGGACAAAUAUCGAUUCAUCUUGUGCGAUCAACAAGAUGCGUCAUUUAGCGACCAGGGAGAUAUCGAUGGAAUCCUGGGCCUUCCCAUCGAGGCUGAUAACGGAGCGGGCCCGGGACUCGAGUGGGCAUUGUAUGAUGCAGGACUACUUGCCGAUCCUGUCUUUGGCAUCUACACUCCACCAGGACAGGUUACUGGCGGCCAGCUGACCCUUGGCGGGGUUGAUAAAACUAAAUAUGAAGGGGAGCUGAUCUUCCUUGAAUUGAACAAAGAACUGGCAGUCGAAAGACCAACCUGGAUACUGGAUAUCCAGACCGUCUUCAUCGGCGGCGAGCAGCUCCUCACUGCCGUCGACAACAGCACGGCCAAGGUUGUUUACCCACAAGCGCUCAGUGUUCUAGACACAGGCACGGCACACAUGCAGGCUCCUACUUACCAGGUCGCCCGGGAUAUCUACGCCACAAUUUCACCCGACAUCUACCAGAUAGAUCCUGUUGGCACUUGGGGAGCCCCGUGUGCAAUAAUGGAGAGCAUCACUUUGGAUAUUACAUUCCUUUUCGGCUACGAUGGAGCAACGACUCAGCUCAAGGUUACUCUACCGGGCCGGUCCAUCAACCUCGGCCCGUAUCCCGGAAAAGAAGGGAUUUGCCAGGGUGUGAUUACCAACUCCCGGCGCGGUCAGGUUCACGAAGAUGGUAGAGGAGUAUGGGUGAUUGGAUCUCCCCUCUUAAAGCAGUACUACACUGCCUGGAAUGGUCGGGACUUGCGGGUGGGAUUUGCCUCCUUGAAGGUACGGCCGCCCAGCGAGGAGCCGCAUGAUUGCAGGAGAAAGAAAGCAUUUUGA